CAGCUCACUUUCCUGCAGAGCUCCAUUUUGUUCAGGCAUCGCAACAGGGCUGUUCUCCUUCUUAGAAAAACAUUUGUUCUGACAUUACUGUACAAAUGGAUAACAGAGGGGAAAACAGAACAGUUGAAACGGACAACCUUUCUAAAAAACGUCCAAGCUCCAGUCCUGAGAGGCCUGGAAUUGGAAGUAAAAGGUCAUGUCCUUAUCCAGCCAGCAUGUAUGAUGUUAAUGUCAGCAAAGCCAAAGAAAUUAUGACCUCUGUUGAUCAGCAACUUCUUGAUCAACUCAGUAACCUUGGCAAGUUCAUUGAAUAUAUCAGGGAAAACAUUUCCAAAUUGAACACUGGUACAGCAAAGAAAACUACUGUUGGAGUUUUUGGGAGGACAGGAGCUGGAAAGAGCUCUCUGAUAAACGCGAUCCUGGGAGAAAAAGAUCUGUUACCAUCAGGAACACUUUGUGCCUGCACUUCAGUCAUCAUACAGAUCGAAGCCAACACAACAGACUCCAACUACACAGCUGAGAUUGAAUUCAUCUCAAAAGAGGCUUGGGAAAGUGAACUCAAUACAACCAUUCUUAAUGUUUUACGGGAGGAUGCAGAGGAAAGGGACAACGAAGUUAUCAACACAGCAAAAGAGAAGAUUACAGCCCUGUACGGAGAGAAUGGUCUUUCUAUGACCCUAGAAAACCUAAUGAAAGAUGAACAUUUCUCCGAAAUUCCAGAGUUUCUAUCGGAGAGAACUAAAGUUAAAGAAAUAGUGUGUGAAAACGCCUCAGAUCUUUCAGAUGAGAUUGCGUGUUACAUUCAGCAUGAUGACUCUCAUCCGGGAGAAUGUUACUGGCCAGUAGUGAAGUGCGUGACCAUCAAAGUUCCAAACUGUAAGGACUUCCUGGAGCACAUUGUUUUAGUGGAUCUUCCUGGAACAGGAGAUUACAACAAGAGCAGAGAUCAGAUGUGGAGAUCGAAACUGAGAGAUUGUUCUACCGUGUGGAUUGUAAGUGAAAUAAACCGUGCUGGUUCUGACAGUGAUGCCUGGAAGCUUUUAGCUAGCAGCAUUUCAGACCUGGCCCAAAGAGGAGAGUGCACGAGCAUCUCCUUUAUUUGUACCAAGACCGAUGACCUCAACGCACAGGACUACAUGAGAGCCAGAAAGUUGACGCAGGACAACUUGCAGAUUACACCAGAAGAAAUGUGCAUAAUGCACAGAAAUGAAGCAGCCAAGGAAAUGAUGAAGAAGAAUUUUAAUCAACGACACACACUUUUUAAACACUUCAACUGUGAUGAUGAAUUCCUGUCUGUAUACACUGUCAGUUCAAGAGAAUUCACCAAAGAAAACUCAGUCCUUAAACCAGAGCAAACAGAGAUCCCCAAGCUGAGGGAUCACUUGAAGAAGUACAACAACAGUCAUACAAAUGACACAGAGCGCCACUACAUCUCUGGAGCCCUAGGAAUCCUCUCCCUAAUUCAGGGUUCCAAAGAAAGCAAUGACGCCAUGAUGGAUGAAAAGUCGGAACUAUAUAAGAACCUGGAAAAAGAGCUUCAAAAAGCAUUUGAUCCCUUGGUUGAAUACUGUCAAGAAAUCCGCAGUUCCCUGGAAGAACUUCUCUUAAAAGGAGCAAAAGAGGCUGAAGAAAAAUGCCAUACAAUCGCAAAAAAAAUAAUAGAGCCACGUAUCGAUGGUCGAAAAUUUGGCCGAACACUGACAGCAUUGUGCGAAAAUGAUGGAUACUACAGGACCAAGGCUGGAGAAACGGGAGAUCUUAAUAGGAGUUUGGCUGAACCAAUGGAACAGAAAAUUGCUCAAACUUUCACUAACUUUUUCACAGUCCAGGAAACUGAGAACUCACUUCUAGCAAAGAUUGAUAAGUUCUCUUUCAUUCCUGAGGUCUUGAUUUCAAAAAAUAAAAAAUCUCCAGUGCUGAGACACAUGCUGAAAUUCCUUCAAACUGAGGAAAUGAAACUGAAGACUGAACUCAAAGAGAAAAUUAUCAAACAAAAGAAAGAACUCUACAAUAUUCCUUCUCAAUGCAUUAAAACAACAUUGCAGCAAGGCUAUCGAAGUGCUGCUGAGUAUAGUGGAACCGGCGCCAUGAGGAGGAAGCAGGAUGUGCUGUUGAAGCUCAUAGAAACAUCCAAAAGUACAAUGUUUCAGAAGGCAAGGAGAGAGAUGCUUGACGAGCUGUAUGAAACACUGAAUUUCACGAAAGAGAUAAGAACCACAUUGAAGAAGUCAAUGGAAUAUGCCCUUCGUAAUGCAAACACCUUGCCAACCAUUGACAUCAGUGCAGAGUUAGAGGAACUGAAGAAGUUAUGAGGUCUGAAAUCAGCACAACAAAAGACUAGUCUCAUCAGACCUGAGAAUAUUGUUAGCCACCUAGAUAGAUAGAUAGAUAGAUAGAUAGAUAGAUAGAUAGAUAGAUAGAUAGAUAGAUAGAUAGAUAGAUAGAUAGAUAGAUAGAUAGAACUUUAUUGAUCCCUUUGGGAGGUUCCCUCAGGGAAAUUAAGGUUCCACUAGCAGCAUCAAGUUCGUGUCUGUACACAAGCAGCAUCAAGUUCGUAGCACAGUUCGUGUCUGUACACCAAAUAUUCAUAAUUUCCUAUUGGUUUUUAUUCUUAUCAUAUGCAAGUACUGCUUAGGUAUUGACAACUGACUGCAUGACUUGAUCUAAAAGAUGUUUUCUUAAUUGACGUGUUGUUACUAUUGACUCACUGUAUACUUUAAUCUUUGUUGAGUACUUAACAUGUAGAAAGUAAGAAAGUGAUUUUUUUUUGUCAGAAAGCAUAAUUGUUUAAUUGCUUAUUGAAGGAAUACUCUUUAUAUCUAUACUCUUUAGAUAGAUUAUUUGUUUACUUUACUGAACAGCUAUAUAUAAGUAUCCUGGAAAUGUUUAAUUGGUCCUUGUCUAAGAAAGAGAAUUCAGAUAUUUACGCUUUUAGGCCGGGUAAGGUAAAGGUAAAGGUAAAGUUAGGGGCAAAAAUGUCCACUGCUCUUAGAUAGAAAACUAAUGCAAAUUUUAUAUAUUCUGGAUUAUGUGUCUUUUGUUGUUAUUUUUGAUGUGUAUUACAACUGACAGCGUGAUUUUAAUGUCAUGAUCUUAACCACUAAUUUCUUAACUAGCAAAUUCUUGCUAUUUAGAGCACUGUUUAUAUAAAUCUAGUUUAAUCUUACUGAUAAAUGUACCUUCAUAUUUGAUAUCAUCGCUGUUCAAUAGAAAAGUAUUUCCAUUUUUUAUUUUUAGCUUACUAAAUAAUUUGAACACACAAACCGUCUCUUACACUGUGUCAAACUUUGUUGAUGAAUGCACCAGUAGAAAGUUUCCAGAAUUACCUGAAAUAAACUUUUUUUAACGUUUUUAUUUCUCUCUUGUAAAGUUGAUGUUUUUCGUUGGAUAGUGACAGUAUGCAACUACUUUGAUUCUCUUUGAUUAUUAUUUUAAAUAAAGAUGAAUCAUCAAGACUGUUUA